CUUAUUUUUUUUUUUCCCAUUUUCUUACGAAUAAAAAAUGAACAUUGACAACACUAAAAAUGAAAAUGGACAAGUAAUCAAAAGAAAAUCAGACGUGGAUACAUCAGAUAUCACACGAAGAGUAAAGUCUCGUAUUAAAACAAAUCAAUCACCACGAAUUCCAGUACGUUCAACUAUCGCAAGCCGAUCAACAGAAAAUGCAAAAAGAGCAUCGAUCACUUCUUCUAUUGAUUCUUCUACAAGUACAAGUUCAUCAGUUACAUCGAGUCAUACAGUUCGUAAUCAACAAAGAAAUAAAUCACCUGGUUUAGCUUCGUCAAGAAAUCUGAAACGAUUUAAAGCAGAUGCUUCCUCUAAAGUAACAGCCAAGAGUUUACCCAAAGCUAUACCUUCUUGGGAUACAAAAGGAUAUUUAAAUAAACUUCAAAGUCAACUGAAUGAACAAGAUGAAGAAAUUAGUGAAAUUGAAAAGCUUCAAAAUGAUUUACAAUCAAGUGUUGAAAGUAAAGAGUCUUUAUUACGAGAAGCAAAAGAAAAAGUAAUUGAACUUGAAGAUAACUUGAAGAUAAACCAAAAUUCGAUCUAGUUUAUCCACUUUUGAAGCACAACUUGAAACACAUCAACAACACUAUACAGCGACUAUAAAUUCCUUUAGUAUUGAAAAGAAAGAAAAUGAGAACUUGAUAUUAGCAAAACAAAAACUUGAAUCAGAAUUUAAAGAAAUCGAUCAAUUUUUAAACGCAAAACGAGAGCAAAAAGAGGUAAAGAACAAGUAGUGUAGUCAUUAAAAAAACCAUUUAUUUAUUUU